AUGAGUGAAGACACUCAUAUCCCCCUAGCUACCUCUACUGACUGUAUCCUCUCUUUCAUUCCUGCAGCCAUCAAGGGAUUCUGGGCCACCUGCCCUCCUCUCUCUACUGUCUACUUCCUCUUUGUCAUCUUCAUAGUGUCUGUCAUCUUCCACUGCCACCAGCGCUUGGCUCUAGUGCCCAUGCCCUGGGCAUACUCGGCCCGCGUGGUCCUGGCCCCCACACACCUUGCCCAGGAGGGGCUGUUCACCAUUAACUCCAAAGGCCGCCUGGGGAAUCAGAUGGGCCAGUACGCCACGUUGUACGCCCUGGCUAAGAUGAACGGGCGGCCCGCCUUCAUCCUGCCCCAGAUGCACAGCACGCUGGCCCCCAUCUUCAGAAUCACCCUCCCUGUGCUACAUGGAGCCAUGGCCCGCAGCAUCUCGUGGCAGAACUACCACCUGAACGACUGGAUGGAGGAGCAGUACCGCCACAUCCAGGGUGACUACGUGCGCCUCACAGGCUACCCCUGCUCCUGGACCUUCUACCACCACCUGCGCCAUGAGAUCCUCCAGGAGUUCACCCUGCAUGACCAUGUGCGUGAGGAGGCCCAGACAUUCCUCCGGGCCCUGCAGACCAAAUGGGCCUGGCAGGCAACCUUCGUGGGGGUCCAUGUGCGCAGGGGGGACUAUGUCCGUGUCAUGCCACAGGUGUGGAAGGGUGUGCUGGCUGACCAGGCCUACCUGCAGCAGGCCAUGGACUGGUUCCGGGCCCGCUACCGCACCCCGGUCUUUGUGGUCACCAGUGAUGACAUGGCCUGGUGCCGGGAGAGCAUCAGUAGCUCCCUUGGGGAUGUGGUAUUCGCGGGCAAUGGCCUUCAAGGCUCACCGGCCAAAGACUUCGCGCUGCUCAUGCAGUGUAACCAUAGCAUCAUCACUGUGGGCACCUUUGGGAUCUGGGCUGCCUACCUGGCAGGCGGGAACACCAUCUACCUAGCUAACUUCACCCUGCCCAACUCCCCCUUCCACAUGGUCUUCAAGCCGCAAGCGACCUUCCUGCCACAGUGGGUGGGCAUUGCUGCCGACCUUAAACAGGCCCUACAAAGUGGCCACUAG